CCGCUCCGGGUCAAGUCGUUGGGCCGCGCGUUAAAGAGUAAAAGCACGUGGCAACAUGUUAUUGGCGGCCGAUCGUAGCUCUACGUCAGGUCAGAGGACGUAAUAAUUGUUCCUUAUUAUGAUACAAAUUCAAUAAUUAUAUGUUUAUCCAAUUUUAUAUCUUUUAAUCUUUAUGAGCAAUAGCAGAAGUUAGAGCUGCCACUUUUCCGCGUCUUUUAAAUCCUUUUUCCGGUGGAUAAAUACCUCUCCAAAGUUGCUUCUCCUGCUCCAUCUCUCCUCUCUCUCUCUCUCUCUCUCUCUCUCUCUCUCUCCGAAGUCCGAAUAACAAAAACAGAAGCAGGGGAGGAGAGAACAACAGAGAGACAGGAACAUGACUAUAGAAGAGCAGUGCGAUAAGUACACCAUCACAACAGCUGAGAUAUCAGCGGAGCUUAGGGAGCUAAGGAGAAUCUGCGUCCCCAUAGUCGCCACCAACCUCGUUUCUUACCUCAAAGGCAUGGUCUCCGUCGCCUGUAUGGGUCGACUUGGCCCUCGCGAGCUCGCCGGCGGUUCUCUUGCCGUCGGCCUCACCAACAUCACCGGCCUUUCGAUCCUCUCCGGCAUUUCCCUCGCCCUCGACCCAAUUUGCAGCCAAGCUUCCGGCUCGGGCAAUCCUUCCCUCGCCGUCUCCGCCCUCCGCCGCACGAUGCUUCUCCUCCUCAUUGUCUCCUUACCCAUCGCCGCACUAUGGUUCUCUCUCCGAUCCAUUCUCAUUCUUUUCCUCCGCCUCGAUCCUGCCGUCGCUGCCAUUGCCCAUGCUUAUGUUCUUUCUUCUUUGCCUUCCCUUCUCACAUCCUCCCUUCUCCUCCCCAUUCGCUCUUACCUCCGUUCUCUCUCUCGUCCCCUCCCCUUCGCCGCCGCCUCUACAUUCUCCUCCCUCGCCCUACACCUCCCCCUUGCCCCCUACCUCUCUUCCCUUCGCCUCGGGAUCUCUGGCAUCGCUCUCUCCUCCUCUGUUUCAGACUUGGCAACCCUCCUCCUCCUCGCCGUUUACUUUUUCCGUCCCCAAAAUCAAAACUUUAAGCCCUCCGCCACGGUCGACGAUCACACAUACCUUCCCCUGAAGCCGCCAAAACCACUAUCACCACCUACUCCUCCUCCUCCGCCGCCGCCGCCAUCAUCCGACACAUGGUUGCCGCUUCUCCAUCUCGCAAUUCCCAGCUGCCUGUCCGUCUGCUUAGAAUGGUGGUGGUACGAACUAAUCAUGACCAUCGCCGCCGGGUAUCUAACCGACCCACAAUCUUCCCUUGCUGCCGCAGGAAUCGUCAUCCAAACCACCGCCUUGCUCUACACUCUUCCGGCGACUCUAUCAGCGGCGGCAUCGGCUCGAGUGGGCAAAGAACUCGGGGCGGGCCGGCCCGCCCAAGCUCGAGCCGCGGCUGCAAUCGCGAUGGCUUUGUCCCUUCUAGCUUCCUGCUUCAGCUUUGCGUGGGCCACGCUGGGCCGAGAUGCGUGGACCCGGGUUUUCACAUCCGAUAGCGACGUUCUACGUAUGACACGCGUCGCGCUCCCCCUAAUCGGGUUAUGUGAGCUUGGAAACUGCCCGCAGACGGUGGGGUGCGGAGUGCUGCGCGGGUGCGCCCGCCCGGCUUUAGGCGCCGCCAUUAACCUCUACUCUUUUUACUUGGUUGGGGCACCGGUGGCCAUUUUGUUGGCCUUCGGGUUAAAUGUGGGUUUCAUUGGGCUUUCUUUUGGGCUUUUGUCGGCCCAAAUAACUUGUGCUGUUUCUAUUGUUGCUGCAACAUGGUGGAUUGAUUGGGAUUUGGAGGCCCAAAAGGCCAUUAAUUUAGUCGGGCGGAAUAGAGCUUGAAGUAGUUAAAAGAAGGGGCCACUUUCGUGUGUGUAUAAAUAUAAUAUUGUUUGUAAUUCUGUAGUUAUAAUGUACAGAUUUGUAUGAUUAUUAAAGUAUUAAUUGUAUAAUAUUGGCUAAAAGAUUGGUAGGAGGAAGUGACACUAUUGAGGGGAUUACAGUAGGAGGAUGAGGGGAUUAUAGUAAGAGGAAAAAUGUUUUAGGGGCUAUUUGGUUUGAAGUAAAAGCUAUGUAAAAUAUUUCAAAUGCAUGGAUUUUGAGAAUAUUGAUAUUUGAU